AUGAGUGCCCGUGCGCCGUUCGUUCCCCGCCCCGCGUCGCGCGUCGAUGUUGGCGGUGCCGACCUUCCCUCUCCCUCCGAUCCUCCUCCAAGCGUCGAGUCCACGUUCCGCCCUAACGGUCUCCUCUACGCCUCCGAUGGCCACCGCGACCUGCCCCCAAGCCCUGCUACAUUCAAGCCCAAGCCUAAAAACUUUUCUGGUCUUCUUGGUCCUGUUGCUCAGCGCAACGCUGGCGAGUCUCGUUCUUCUAUCAAUGUUUCCGGUCGAUCUGCAAAACCCUUCUCGUCCGUCCAGCACAAGCACCUUGCCUCCUCUCCUGCUCCCCGUCCCGCGUCCCCCUUCUUGCCAGGCCCUCCUCGCGGCUCAUACAACGCUUCCUUGGCACACCCGCGUCCCUCUCCUGCCCAGGAGCUCAAGCUAUUGGCCCCACCUCGCAAAAUGGAGCGCAUAUACUCACCGACUCAUCAGCGAACGGCCCGAAAAACGACCAGCAGCAUCCUUCUGACGCCUUCAGACACCCUCCGUCUUCUAUUACAGGGUACCCUUCUCGAUCGGUCUCUCGUCUCGCGCACUCAAGUGUUCCUGGACAACACGAACACAGACGAAGACGAGCUAGACGACAACUUCUCUGACCCUGUUCAAAUGGACGACGAGAAUUUGCAGCCGCAUAUGUCGGCCAUGAAGCGUCAACACGACAUGAAUGACGAUCAGCAGUACGGCACCAGCGGGAAGCGCUUCAAGGCCGCAGCUCAGGACGUCUACGGUGUCGGCCCGAACGAGUACACUUCUUUCUCGAGCCAACACGAAAUGGAUACCCGCAGGAUUGGCGUCGAUGACGGCGAAUCCAAGCAAGCCUUGUAUCGGCUCCUCGGCCAAGACCUCGAGGCAUGCAUUGAGGAGCGGGCGGAGGAAUACGAACGGGCGAGGAAGAAGUGGGCGGAGUGCUCGGAUGAGGAAUGGGCGAACGGUGCCAACGUUCACGGUGGUGCGGACAGAGCUGUGGCACGGUUCGGCAAGAUGCUAGACUUUGUCAAGGACCGCAUGUCGUGA